UCUUCGGCAGUCUAUAAGAUGGCAGAGACAAGGAAGGGUGCAGACUGUUCUGCGUGUUGAAAAGCCGUUUUGCCUCAAGGAACUUCCUCGUAUUGUGCUAUUGGAUUUCACCCGUUUGUAGUUACGUGCACAUUUGAUGUAAUUGUGUAAAAGGAACUUAGGUGAUAAGAUAACAAUGGAAAGUGACUAAACCAUACUUAGUGAAAUCCAUCUAUUCGAAUGUUCCAAGGCUAUUGUUUUUGUUGACCGUGUGUAUUGCUUCCGUGUAAAAUAAUGUCGUCGAUGCAUUCGAUAUUGUAUGUGGGAAAUUUGAGUCAUUAGCGUGGGAAGCCUACCCGUGUUUAGUGAACUAUGUCUGCAACAAAAGUGAAGUCAUUGCUACCCCCACCAUCAGUAGAAAGCUCAUUUUCUUCCUCAGGUUCUUGCUCUGCAGAAGGUUCUGUGCCAUCAGAUUGUUCUUCAAAAACUAGCCCAGGAACUAGCCCAGCACACCUGCCUCGAAAUCGUCCAAAGUCUAUGAUCCCCAAAAUACAGCUACCUCCUAGACCUACCACAGCUCAACAGAGACCAGUCACCAAACAGCACAGACUUUCCCUUGGGAAGCCUGUGUCACUUAAAGAAAUUCGUAGCUCAUCAGUUGGCAAUGCCCCUGUCAAGGAGGAUCAGUUUUCAAAUGAAUCAAUGGAUGUGAAGAGGAGACAUUCAAAGAGUACAAACGGCCACAUCCGCAGUAGCAGCCUGUCAAACGGUAGGGACCGGUUGAGCCUGUAUGCUCCAAGCUAUUCAGCUAGUGAAGAAAGUUGCUCAGAGAAAAGCAGGGAAGAGAUCAGCGAGUUGAUGACGCAUUCACUCAUAACAACCACCAGCACGAGCAAUAACAAUGACAAGCUGGCGAAGAAUCGAAAGCCGUUGGCACUCAAGUCGGCCGAGAAAAAAGCUCGCAAGGUCAAAUUUUACCGCAACGGCGACCGCUUCUUUAAAGGCGUCACGCUGGCCGUCUCUGCCGAAAGAUACCGCACCUUCGACUCUCUCCUUUCCGAGUUAAAUCGACUUGUUGGUGAUCGAGUCAAUCUCCAUCAAGGGGUACGAUUUAUUUUCACUACUGAUGGUAGUAAAAUUAACACGAUAGACGAAUUACAGGAUGGUGAAUGCUACGUCUGUGCAUCCAGCGAUCAAUUUAAAAAACUAGAAUACACCAAAUGUGCUGGAACAACGGCUAUGCGUAGGUCACGCAUCACCUAUGGGCAAGGAGCCAUAUGCCGCGAAGCAUCCAUGAUCUCUGGCUUAGACCAGUGGAAGGAGCGUCGGAUUAAAAAUCACGUUAAUAACAAUAGCAAUGGCGCAAACAGCAGUAUCUGCAGCGCGUCUAUGGGAAAUGCUGUUGAUAGCAGCCCUCGCUGGGCGGAAUACAUGAAGCCUCGCCUCAUUACAAUUAUUAGAAAUGGGAGCCGCCCUCGAAAAGCUGUGCGUCUCCUUCUCAACAAGAAAACCGCCUUUACCUACGAGCAGGUAUUGAGUGAUAUAACGGAGGCAAUCCGCCCAGAUUCAGGAACCGUCCGAAAGUUGUAUACAGCAGAUGGAAGACAGGUUGGAUGCUUGGCUGACUUCUUCGGCCCGGAUUUCAUCUUCAUCGCUUACGGCAACGAAAAGUUUUCACACGAUGAUUUUGACCUCACUUCAAACGAAAUUAAAUAUCUACCGCCAUUUAUCGCCCGGAGUCCGAUGAAUACACGAAGAGGAAAAAGUGGCAGCUCGAGAACUGGAUACACCGGAGGAACCUCUCAGACUCACCGUUCACCAUCAAAUGGAAGGGCUGGCGGAAGCAUGGGAAAAAGCAUGGUUGUAGGAGUCGCGGGAGUUGACGUAGAGCAACGACCGCGUGACUCUUCACUUCCGCGUGUUUAUGAAGAUCCGGAUGAAUUAGCAUCAUCUAAUCAGAUGGUCGUUGAUGUGCCAAUCGUUGUUGAAAUUCGUUAUGAGAUUGGACGUAUUAUCGGCGAUGGAAAUUUCGCCGUAGUUCGUGAGGGAAUUGAUAGACGAACGCGAGAUCGUUUUGCGUUGAAGCUAAUCGAUAAAAAGCGUUGCCAAGGCAAAGAGGUUGUACUUGAAAGCGAAGUUCAAGUUCUAAGUCGUUUAAGACACUCCAAUGUAGUGAAACUCUACGAUGUCAUUGAUGCUAAUAGCAUCCUUUGUCUGGUUUUGGAACUUGUUGAGGGAGGCGACUUGUUUGACGCAAUCGCGGCCGCCGGCAAGUUUAGUGAACCGGAAGCUAAACGGAUGACAUCUGAUUUGGCUUCGGCACUUUCUUAUCUCCACUCGCUCAAUAUAGUACAUCGUGACGUGAAACCGGAAAACCUAUUUGUUGUGAAUUUACCGGAUGGAAUGCGCUCUUUGAAGUUAGGUGACUUUGGUCUAGCUGAAGAGACGCAUCAAAUGCUUUACACGGUGUGUGGUACACCCACGUAUGUGGCUCCGGAAAUCCUGCUCGAAACUGGUUACGGAUUGAAAGUGGACAUUUGGGCCAUGGGAGUAAUUGUUUUUAUACUACUCUGUGGCUAUCCACCAUUUGUCAGUCCAACUAACGACCAAGAAGAGCUAUUCGAAACUAUCUUGGCCGGGAACUUUGAAUUCGCUUCCCCCUAUUGGGAUGACGCUAGCCAGAUGGCCAAAGAUAUGAUUACGCUUAUGCUACAAACCGAUCCUGAACUGAGAUUCUCGGCAAUGGAAGUUCUCCAACACCCCUGGCUAACGGAGGAUGAAGAUUGGCCCGACACCCAACAGUGUAGCCGCUUAGGACUUCAUUUUGACACAAGUCACUCAGUGACUGAGUUGUCGGCUGCACAAGCCACUGCUAAGAAAUCACCCAAGUCAUUAAUCACUGCCGAAUCGACACCCUGUCUCCAUUCGUUGCAAGUGCUCUGAGUUGGAUUGCACCUUCCUUCCCCCUUAUCCCUUCGUAUUUCGUUUUUCCCUUUUUCCAUUAUAUUCAUUUCUCAUUCAUUUAGAAUGAACAUCAAACCUGAUUCCCCUCGAAAUGAUACUAGACAUUCAACUCUUAUUCGAGUCACUUAUAAUUCACAUGAUUCUCUUUGGAACAUUAAUUUUAAUCUCACAAAAAUUGACGAUACUUUUAAUACGUUGAUUGCUCUUCUUUCUUUGCACCGCUCUAGUCUUAAUUUCAAUUUAAUUUGUACCUAAACUCACGUCUGUCUCCUGGGUGUAUUUUACCCCACACCAAUCAGCACUCAUUUCUGCCAGCUUCAUUUGGAUUCGUUUUUACUAGCGUUUUUUUUUUCUCCCUCAUACCACUCUUCAGUUUCCUGUUCAACCCAACCACCUCUGUCACGACGGCGUUAGAGAUGCCGUUGAAGUUCAUGUGGAAAUGUGGAUCUCCUCGACGAAGAUUGCCACUAGUAAAAUGAAAACAACAGUAACACGUGCAUAAUCGACAUCUCCAGAAUACAUAUGAUGCCUGCAACGAGAGUACUUCACGAACGAAAGCGAGAUAUCCAACGUAUUGUAUGUUUAUGUUGAGGUUCGAUUGUCAAAGGCAUCGAUGUAUCUUGCACAAGUAAUAUCCUUGAACCGUAUUUGAUACUUUCUUGUACAAGUUUGUGUACACCAGUAGUGUGCAGAAUAUGGCAGAUGCAUGAAUGCAGACCCGCGAUGCAACUAGAACGUUCUCCGAUGCAGUAGAAGUUAAAUGUCAAAGUUUGAAUAGGAAAAACAAACAAA